GAUUGACUUCAAGGCUUGAAUUUGACGACGACAGCGAGGGAACCUUUUAACUGCCAAAUCUUUUCUCCCCCGCGCAUCGUAUUUAGCAUUGGUUAUUGUGCCAAUCAUAUCCCACGAUGUCGCAAACAAAUGGAUUUACAAAACUAGCCUACUCCCGCACCUGGCACCACAUCUCCGCCAGUGCCCCGCACAUCCCUCUCUCCACCCUUCGACCCCGUCCAAACCCCUCCUCACCCCCCUCCGUCACAGCCCGCAUCACACCACCACCCCUCGGGCGUCUCGCCUCCCGCAUCGCACUUCUCCUCAUGGGAAAACACAAGCCAAUCUGGGAUCCCUCCACCGACUGCGGCGACUAUGUCGUUGUUACCAAUUGCGCGAAUCUCCACACUACGGGCAAGAAAAUGUAUCAGAAGAAAUAUUAUCGUCACAAUACACGACCUGGUAGUUUGAAGGAAAUCAGUAUGGAGGGGUUAAUGGAGAAGUUUGGAGGCGCAGAAGUUCUGAGGAAGGCUGUUAGUGGAAUGUUACCGAAGAAUCGGUUGCGGGAUGGGAGAUUGGGACGAUUGAAGGCGUUUGAGGGCGCGGCGCAUCCGUAUAAGGAAAAUUUGGUUAGGUUUGAGGGAGUAAGGAGGGACUUGAUGCCGGAUGAAGGAUGGGCGAAGAAGAAGGUUGAAGAGGCUAAGAGUUGAAGAUCUGCAGAGGAGAUGGAUAUAUGAUGAUUAGAAAGGGAGGAGAAGAGCACUAUCGAAUGGGAAAUAGAGUGUGUAUAAUAUGCAUUGGGUGCAUGGGAAAGUGUACAAGGACACUGUAUAUCAGGUAAAACACAUUAUGAAGUUAAGACAUGGCAAUCUGUAAAUUAUGAUUUAUGUCGAUGAUCUUGAAUAUGUAUUCCAUGCUUACUUUUAAGCCCAGUUUGCCCAGUGGCUACAUAAUGAUCAAGAGAGCAGA